AUGUCACAGUCAUCUUACCCACCAACCCCGGACAACAAAUCGGCGUUGAGCUCCGAGACGCUCGUUGCACAGAAUAUUUGCAGGAGCACAGUGAAGGACUACGAGACUGCGCUCGGAGUCUUGGACCCUCGUAUAUCAUACUCUGGAAUGAAACAGAAUGCUAUCAGUGAUGCCCGACUGCUACAACUCAUCGACGAGGCAAAGCGUACGCUCGAGGAACAUUUUCAUUCAACUUACGUUAUUUGUUAUCAAGGCGAUACAAUCUCUUCGGAUGCUCUCAUGGACAACACUGAAACAAGUGUACAUGAUAUUGUGAGUCUUUUCUCCACCAACGAGCCGUCAAACAGUAACACUGAGCUUGAGGAGUACUUCUCCAUGAAGCAGGAACGGUCAUAG